UUCGGGACGGGCCGCUGUUAGACAGACUGUGACACGAGCGCCACAGAUAAACAACAAACCUGUUCUUGCAUGGCUGAGCUGACCUUUAACAACUAACGUAAAAGUCUCAGUGUUGUCAGACAGCUAAUUUAAAUGCAGAAAGUAGCGUGGUUGGAGGAGUAUUACUCCGUUGAUGAGUGAAAAGUUAAAUAUAAGAGUUGAGUCCGCUGAGAGAGAGAACCAUAAGUGAAAUCAUCACCUUCUUUCACCAUGCUGGAAACGUUUCAUUUCCUGUUUCUACAUUCAUCUAAAACAUUUGAAAUACCUGACCAUUUCUCCAAUUCUCUGACACCCUCCACUGUCAUCUUUCCAGUGACCUGGUGUGAUAACUGUAUGCUGAUUGUGCGAUAACCUCCCCCCAUUACCCACCUGCACUUCCUCUUACUUCUGAUGCAUGGCCCGUCUUUAGAAAUGAAUACAUCUCGGUGUUCCUUGCAUGUUGUGCUGUGAAAGUGGCAUAAUGAGGGAAGACAGGGAUAACCCUCUGGCACUGUCAUCCAAGAAACCAUGCCAGGGCCAGAAGGACUAUGGACAGGAGCUUGAGAGGCUGCGUGCUGAUUGGGAAGCAGAGAAGAAGCGAACACUGCAGGCCCUUGGACACCUCUCUGUGGAGCUGAGGCACCUGCGGGAAGAAGCGGAGAGGGAACAGCAGAGGGCUGUGAAGGAGCUGGCGGCCAGGCGAGGGUCCCAAAAGGACAGGCGCUCUAAUAGAUACCAGCAUCUGCUGACCAAGGAGGUGAAUGUUAAAGACAGUGGACGAUACAGUAAAGUUGAGUCCACAGAUAAAGAGGCUUUUGGUCUGUGCUGUAGAGAAACAUACACAAAGCUGGAGCAGUUGCUGCUGACGCUGUAUGAGAAGAUAAAUGGUGAGCAGGCAGUCUAUAAAUUGCAUCACAGGCAGGAAUUUGAGCUAGAAAAAGCCAUCUUCCUCUGCCACCUGCUAGGGGCCCAUGGAAGACUGUUGCAGGGGAGGCAGCGGGCAGGACACCCCAGCUUCAUUUUUAACAGUGUGCAAAGAAAGCCAAGUCAUGAAGACGGCAGUAAGUCCUGUCUGAAAAAGCCCCUUCUAACCUGCUCCGCGGCAUUACCACAGAGAUCCCAAACUGCCUCCCACUCACCUAAGAAAACCAAACCAGAUCGAAGAGAGCAGCCUUCAGGGAGGGCCGUCUGCGCAGCUGAGCUCUGCACCUCCGCUGCAGUCGGGGACACCUGUUGGAGAGGCUCUCUGAAUAUUUGUCACCCUCGCAACGCCCCCCAUGCGGGCUGGGACAACCAGCCCUCCUACUGUGCUGAUUCCUUUGGGUCAGACAAGUCAUCGUCCUCCAAAUGCAUAGACAGAAACAUGGAGAAUGGGACAGACUAUGGGUUCCUGGUGCGUCAGAACUCUGAACUCUUACGAGCCCUUGAUGAGCUGGAAAAGACCUGUACCAUACUGAGGGAGGAGAAUGGGCUACUGCGGAAGAGCAGCGCCCCAGAGACUGAGGAGAAGGUCAGGCGGUUGAGGAGAAAGAACACAGAGUUGGCUGUUCUUGCUAAGAGGCUGGAAGACAGGGCUCGGAAACUGCAGGAGGCCAACCUCAGAGUGGUGAAUUCCCCGUCACUGAUGAGACCCGGGUCAGUGGAACAGUACAAGAGGGCGUUUGCCCGUCAGCGAGCUCGUGAUCUUGCCCAACACGCCGAUGCACUGCUGUCUAAGGACAAAGAGAUUGCCUCCCUACAGCAAGAGUGCCGAGGGCUGGAGGCACGCCUGGGCACCGCCAAGGGCUCCCCUGUUCCAUCUGGCAGUGUGGAAUUUGAGAGGCUUCUCAGGGAGUCUCAGAGGGAGGUGCUGCGGCUCCAAAGGCAGCUGUCGGUCACAUCAUCCAGACAGCAGCACAACCAUAGUCCCGACCCAAGUGACCCGGAGAAGUGUGGCAAAAUUGAGGAAGAUGAGAAGAAGAAGAAGGAAGAGGGGGAAGAGAAGGUUGUAGGAGAGACCCCGGGUGUGGUAUUAGAUGAAGCUCCAUCCAGGUGUGAGAAGACUCCCGGAGAGGAGGAGGAGUCGGGGCUGCAAGUAACGCCCCAACCGGGCCUUUGCCCGACCCCCUCCCUUCAGGAGGAACACACAGAGGAGCAGCACCUACAGUUUCUGGAAAGUGAGCUGAGCAAGAAGAGAAAAGAAUGUGAAAACCUUGAGCAUGAAGUAAAGAAGAGACAGAAGAGAUGUCUGGAUUUGGAAAGCCAGCUUGAGGAUGAGCGAGGCAAAAAUGAGCAACUAAAGGAGGAGGCAGAUCUCCUCAGGAGGAAGGCACAGCUGCUCGACCAGACUCGGGCUGAGGAUGAGGAGCUGAGGGAAGACCUCUCUGAAGUGACUGCUCAACACAAUUCAGUUCUCGAGGAGAACCAGAGACUCCGUGCCAAACUGGAGAACCUAGAGCAGGUCCUAAAGCAUAUGCGAGAGGUCGCCGAGCGAAGGCAGCAGCUGGAAUUGGAACAUGAGCAGGCACUGGCUAUCCUUAAGUUCAAACAGGAUGAAAUCAAACGGUUACAGAGGGCUCAGUUAUACGCCAAGAGGGAGCAUGAAGGAGUGGUUCAGAUGCUGGAGGAGUUGACUCAGCUUGUGUUGCGGAGGGAGCUGUCAAAAGUACGAGACCUGGAGGACAAAUGUCGCAGCCAGAGCGAACAGUUUGGCUUGCUGUCCCAAGAGUUGGAGAAGUUUCGACUGCAGGCGUCGAAGGCGGACCUGGCCAACGCUAGCCUCUUUAACAAUCCCAGCCUCUCUGUUCUGACCAAUGGGGUAGGCCUGACUACAGAGCGAGACUGCACUGGUGGCUCAUGGGAUAUGGUGUCUCUGGGUGAAAUAGCCUUCUGGAGUCUCGAGGGAGGUGACACUCUCUCCUGCCCUGAGGAUGUGGCAGCUGCACUGCGGCUUGGGGCCACCCCCCACGCUGCAGGGCUCUCCAGAGUGGAGCGAUCGCCUGUCACCAAGCAUCGAGAGCUGCCCACCAUCAGUGUCAGCAAGUCAGGAUCUUCUUCCAGCAAGUCAGAGACCACACACCUCACGCCUAAGUCUGACACCCACCUCAGUCCGCACAAAUCCAGCCCAACACACGAGGUGGACACUGCCAGUGAAGUGGAGGAGCUGGACAUUGACGUAGCCCCGGCACCUUACACAGCCAGCCGAAGAGCAGCAAAGCUUCAGGUUUUCAUUGCGAGAUACAGCUAUAAUCCAUAUGAUGGCCCCAAUGACAACCCUGAAGUGGAGCUUCCGCUUACUGCUGGAGAAUACAUUUAUGUGUAUGGAGACAUGGAUGAUGACGGCUUCUAUGAAGGUGAGCUGAUGGACGGACGGAGAGGGCUGGUCCCCUCUAACUUUGUGGAACGUGUCUCGGACGACGAUGUCAUGAGCACUCAACAUCCAGAGACGGGGGACAUGUCCCAUAACUCCCUGCUAGACAGCAACCUGCACAGUGCCAGCCACCAGCAUCACCUCAGCAUGGGCGUCAGCGCCUCAGAAAGGACAGAGGCCUCUGCUGCCUCUGGCCCUGCCUCGACUCCCUCAGAUUCAGCAUCGGCCUUGGCUGUCCCAGCCCCCCUCACCAACGGCCUAGACUUGGAUUUGGAGGAGGUGGGAGUGGACAUUGUGCCUUACCCACGUAAGCUUACCCUCAUCAAGCAGCUUGCCAAGAGCAUCAUUAUUGGCUGGGACCCUCCACUGGUGCCGGCUGGCUGGGGCAAUGUGUGGAGCUAUAAUGUGUAUGUGGACCAGGAGCUGCGGCUCAACGUGCCCUUCGGUGCCCAGACCAAAGCAGUUCUGGAGCGGUUGGACAUAAACCUCAAGGCCUACCGUGUGUCAGUGCAAAGCCUGACCGAGAAGGGCCCCUCAGACCAGCUGCGCUGCAGCAUGCUGGUCGGUCGGGACGUUUGUGUGGCGCCCACGCAGUUGCGUGUGGAAAGGAUCACCGCCACCUCUGCCAACCUGACCUGGCUGCCCAGCAACAGUAACUAUGUGCACAUUGUGUCCUUGAAUGAGGAGGAGUGUGAGCUGGUGAAGGCCGGCUGCUGCUCGCUGUGCCUCAAUAACCUCUUGCCCAGCCUGCAGUACACAGUCAAAGUGGAGGCACGGCCGCACCGCACGCCAUGGGAGUUACCUGUGGAGCGACGUGAGCACAGAAGCGCUACGAUCACCUUCACCACACUGAUGGCAGUUCCAUGCCCACAGUCUGGGAACUCAGGCCCCCCUGAUGCUCCUCUGGAUGUACAGCUCGAGCAUGGCCCGUCCCCGGGCAUUGCCCUCAUCAGCUGGCUGCCAGUCACUAUAGAUGCCGCCGGGACCUCUAAUGGAGUCCGUGUCACUGGAUACACUAUAUAUGCUGACAAGAAAAAGGUACUGGAGGUGUCUUCCCCAACAGCUGGCAGUGCCCUGCUUGGCCCCUCUCAGAUGCAGUCCCUGCUGGCAGCUCAGGAACUCACUGUCCGCACCACAUCCGCCCACGGGGAUUCCUGCGACUCUUUGCCAGUCAAUGUGCCCUCCAAGCUGACUGCCAUCAUGGCAGGUCCAGCUAUCACUACCCAAGUUGUGCCACCUGGACCCUGCAACCCUACAGGUUGCGGCAACCUGCCCUCACCGCCGUCCUACGGGAACUCUGCUGCCAAAGUCUCCAUGCUGCCCAGCACUUUGCCAUCAGCCACAAACAUCACUGGCCUCAAAGUGGAGGCUGAUCCCAACCCUCCUCAAGCACUCCACUCAGAAAAUCUUUUUUUAUCCGCAGCAUAUGCAAAGGCCUGGGCCAACCCCUCUUCUGCGUCUGCCUUGGCCGCGUGUGAGGCCAUAUUACCAGUAGCCUCCACCAUUACUCCAGUGGUUAAUGUGACCUCCCCUACCACCUCACCACCCCAACCGUCUCCAGUAGCAGCAACUGCACAAGCAACAGUAACAGUAACAAGGGCAGCUGCAGUGUUGGAGCAGCGCAGAGACACCAACAGCCCUGACACCAUCCGUCCUUUCCCAUCUAUGAGAGAGUUCAUCGAGGACCCCAGUGCCAAGGCAGGGAUCCCUGAGCGCAUCCCAUCCCCACCAAAAGCCCCCAUCUCAGACUUCCUUAACCCUCAGAACCUCCUCCGACCUCCCAGCACCUCCCCGCUGGAGUCAGAGGCGGAGGAUGAGCAGGAGAAUACCCGCCUGGUGUCCAUCGAAGAGUUCUUGAGACAGGACCCAGAGCCAGCAUACUGGAGGAAGCAGCAGAGUUACAGCAGAGGGCUUGUGGAGCCUCCCAGUGACUAUCACGCAGACAACAGCCGUUCAGAUCUGUCUGACAUCCUGGAGGAGGAGGAGGAGGAACUUUACUCUGAUCAUCUCGGCGAAGCACAGGCCAGGGGCUACCCGGUCAGAGCUAACAGGUCACGGAAACCCCCAGACAGUGACGAGGAGGUAUUUCAGAGGAUCCCUAAUUAUCAUCCUCACAUCCAACAACGCAAGCAGCUGUUCGGCGUUCCUGAGAUGACAGAAGAGGAAGCUAGUCGUCAAGACGAGCCUUUAACCCACCACAGUCAGCCUCGGCCCAGGCCCAGCCACCAUCACCCUAGAGCCUCAGAAUGCCUCCACCAUGACCCCCAGCAUCACCAUAACCCACACUCAACUGUUCCCCCUCACCAUCACCACUUCAACAGGGAUGUUGGCUCUCUACCCAAAGAACCUUUCCCCCGGCAUGGACCCUUGCAGGUCAGGCUUAAGACGCAGCACAGGGUGCGCUAUGCAGACACAGUUGAUACCAUGAGUUAUCCUGAAGAAGACGACAUGAGUUUAUAUGAGGGUCCCUCCAGCAGGCGGGUCUCAGCCCGCUGUCCUCCCCAGAUGAGCCCCUACAGCAAAGAUAGAUCACUGCUCAAAGGGCUAGGGGACCGCCUUAGAAGGGAGGCCAUGCUUAGGAGUCAGAUGGCUGCUGCCACGGCCGCCAACCCCGGCCAUGGUCUUAUACCACCAAGACCCUACCCGGUCAGCCAAACAGGACCUACUUUGAGGUCACCUAUUGGUCGAGAGGUAGAGAUUGACGUGGAGUACGGCACAGAUAACGAGGAGCCUGUGGAGUACGGUCCGGUGGAAGUAGAGGCGGAGCAGAUGAGCUCUGAGUGGUGGGUGGAGGGGGCUCAAACGGAGCACAGCAGACCUCCUCUCCGCCGAGGCCUGAAGGCUGAUUCGCCGGUAAACGUUGCCUUAGGCCAGGAGCCCAGCCAAGUCCCUCCCGCUGAGGCAGGUCCAGCGUGGGGAUUCCAGGGUGAGCAGUCUUCUAAACCAGCAUGCUCGCAGGCCAGGCAACCCAAAGGUACUGUUGAUUCACCUAGGACCAAAGGAAACAGUGACAUACGUAUCUUUGUGGCCCUCUUCCCUUAUGAUCCUGCCACUAUGUCGCCCAAUCCUGACGCUGCUGAGGAAGAGCUGCCCUUCACUGAAGGACAGAUCAUCAAAGUUUACGGAGAUAAAGACGCAGACGGGUUCUACCGAGGCGAGUCUGCCGGGCGCCUAGGCUAUGUUCCAUGUAACAUGGUGUCUGAGAUCCAGGUGGAGGAUGAGGAGACCCGGCAGCAGCUACUGCAGCAGGGCUUCUUGUCCACAGCGUCCUCCAUGGAGAAGAUAGGCACUCGCACACACGCACAGCUCCCACGUCGCCCUGUUCCACCGCCGAAACCGAGACGAUCCAAGAAAGUGGAGUCUGUGACACUCUGGGAGGAGAGCGUAGAUUCCUCUUGCCAAGAUCCCAGCCAGACUGCCCCUGCUGCCCCUGCUGCUGCUGCUGCAGCUGUAGGAGACCCAGCCCCAGGAGCACGCAGGAUGGUCGCCAUCUUUGAUUAUGAUCCACGAGAGAGCUCCCCCAACACUGACAUAGAGGCUGAGCUGACCUUCAGUGCAGGAGACAUCAUACAUGUGUUUGGUGACAUGGACGAAGAUGGCUUCUUCUAUGGAGACUUGAAUGGACAACGCGGCUUGGUCCCCUCCAACUUCCUGCAGGCCGUACCAGAGGACCCCCCCUCUGCUCAGUCAGCACCAGAAGCCAAGAGAGAAUCCCAGGGUAACUGGACGUCUUCUACAGAGCAGCAGCAACAACAACAGCAACAACCUGGGCCCUCAACCCUAGAAGAGGCUUUGCAGCCCCAAACAGAACCUCCUGUCCCUGACCCAACAGAGCACACAGACCUGCGACCCAAACUGACACCCACUACAAACCUCACGUCAGACCUGGAACCUGCUCCAGGUCCAGGUCCAGCAGCAGUGGAGGCCUGCUGCUCUCCUCCAGCCCCCCUUCCAGCAGACAGCCCGACACAGACGGACUGCUCCGCACAAAGCAAGAAGAAGAAAGGCUUUUUCUCCAAAGGCAAGAGGCUGUUCAAAAAGCUGGGAUCCAGCAAGAAAGAAUGAGUCAGGACAUCUGUCUCGGAAUACUUGCAUCACAUUGAGGCACUUUUUCACUGUUCGUCUCAGUCGGUGCGGUUAGUGGCUAUUAGAUCUAAUAACCGAGGCUUUAACCGUCACUAAUUAUACAUUUGCCUUAGAGCACGGCUAGCUGCUGUUAAAUUAAGUGUACAUCAACACACUGCUUACAGCAUUGUACGAGCAUGUAGAAGUGCAUGUUAAAGUGUGCAAGCACACAAAUAUAUUCUCUAAACACUACCUAACUAUCUAAGCAUUUCUAAACGUUCAACUCAAUAGAGGCGUUAACGCUAUACAAAUAUA